AACCCUUUUAUCUGUGUUCCGCGCCACUUCUUCUUCUUCUUCACGACGUCUCCUACUCUGUUUCGCCGCCGCCUCUCUCCCGUUCACUGCUGGCGCUGCCGCUGCCGUCGUCGUCUUUCUUGCAUUCGUGACCUGUAGUCUCCUGCCUCUUAGCGGUUUUGCUCUGAUUUUCUACUUCCUUGUUGUUGCCGAAUAUGCCUCGCACGACAAAGGUUGAUUGCCCUGGCUGUCCUCCGCUUCGUGCCCUAACGUUCGAUGUGCUUGGUCUCGUCAAAGUCAUCCAAGCUCAGGGGAAGGAAGGUGAGAUUCCAAAGGUGGUUGAGAGGUGGGGCGAACCUGAUUACUCCAAAUCAGUGCUUGCAGCUUCUCUUGUUGAUCGUAAAUUUGACCCUUUACUAGCUGUUGCUCGAAAAAAUGGACUGAUUGAAGUUCUUAAUCCAUUGAAUGGCAAUCUUCAUGUUGCAAUUUCGGACAAUACUGAUACUUCUCCACCAAAAGAUGAUGCUAUUAUUGGAAUGCAUUUAUUUUCAAAAGAUGAAUCGGCGUUGGCGUCUAGGCGUUGCACCUUGCUUUCGUGUACAAAAAAAGGAAAUGCGAGCAUGAGGGCAAUUGAUUUUUCUAGCUCAUCUUCAGACGAUAUCUCUACCAAUCUUGUAAAAACGUGGAAAGUAUGUGGUUCAGGUGAUGUUUUGUGCUCUAAAGUCGAUGGAAGUGAAACCCAUGCAUUGUUUGGAGGGAAGGGUGUUGAAGUCAAUACAUGGAAUCUGGAACAGUGUACUAAGAUUUGGACAGCAAAAGCACCAAAGAAGAACAGUCUUGGUAUUUUCACACCAACUUGCUUCACAUCCGUGACAUUUCUUAGUAAAGAUGACCAUCGUAAAUUUGCAGCUGGUACCAACAACCAUCAGGUUCGAUUGUAUGACAUCUCUGCUCAGAAGAGACCUGUUAUCUCGUUUGAUUUUCGAGAGACUCCUAUUAAAGCCUUGGCUGAAGAUGUAGAUGGUAACACAAUAUUUGUGGGGAAUGCAACUGGUGAUCUUGCAUCCUUUGAUAUUCGCAAUGGAAAGCUAUUGGGUUGCUUCUUGGGGAAAUGUUCUGGCAGCAUAAGGUCCAUCGCCAGGCAUCCAGAGUUCCCGAUCAUUGCAUCAUGUGGACUUGAUAGUUAUGUUCGCUUCUGGGAUAUAAAGACAAGGCAACUUCUGUCUGCGGUAUUCCUAAAGCAGCAUCUUAAUGGUGUUGUCUUCGAUUCCCAUUUUGUUGGAGAAGCAGACACAACACACUCUGCAGUAGAGUCAAUCCAACAGGACAUAGAGAUAGGCCAAACCGUUAGCGAGGAGGAACACACGCCUCAGAAAAGAAAAAAGGCAUCGAAAGAAGACGGUGAAGGCAAAAAGAGGAAGGGUGCAAGCAAAGAAAAUAAAAAAAGCAAAAAGAAGUUGCAUGGCGAAACCGAAAGUAAGCAGAGGUAGGAGUUCAAAAUCUGAUAUUCUUUGUUCUUGGCAAAGCAGAAAGGUUAGUUCAUGUUCUGAUCUAUUCAGUCUGCAGAGACUGUGGGAGAUUAGAGGGUAAAUGAUAAAAGUUAUUUAUCUCACCAAUGUAUUAAAUUUUGGCCCAUAUCAUGAUUUUUAUGCGGGAUGAAGUAGGUAUGAUUCCAUUCGAAGUAGUUCAAGCACGUUCGACUCAAGUAUCCCGUGUCAAAUUUUAUAAUACUAGUAGUUAGAAGUAUUUGAAUAUGAUACCUAUAAUGUUUUAGAUUAGCCCUCCAUGUUUGAACUUUGUAACUUAUGAGUUCGUCAAUGAACAAUUCAGUAAGUUCUUGAAA